CCCCGGUCUCGCGUCACAGGCCGAACAACCAAACAGAAAAGUUUAAUAAACAGCGGACGGAGAGGGGGGCCGGCGGUGGCUGGGCCGGAGCGAGCUGGGGGGUUCUGCGGCCUCACCUGUCCCCAUUCACCGGCGGCGACCGGCGGCGGCAUCGGCGGGCAGCGCGUCAGGCGGAGGCGGCCGCCGCCAGCCCAAGCAACAGCAGGAAAGACACCUGACAUAGGGAACUGGGGGCUGGAUCCAGAGAGCACCACCAAGCAUCCACAGUGCAGAACCCUCACCAGAGUCCCGUACUGUAUCAGAGUGUGCAACAGAGGAACAUGGCUCAAGAAACAAAUCACAGCCAAGUGCCUAUGCUUUGUUCCACGGGCUGCGGAUUUUAUGGAAACCCUCGUACAAAUGGCAUGUGUUCAGUAUGCUAUAAAGAGCAUCUUCAAAGACAGAACAGUAGUAACGGUAGAAUAAGCCCGCCUGCUCCUGCCAGUCGCCUGUCGGAGUCGCUCCCAGCCCAGUGCGCAGAUGGCGGUGGCCCCGAAGCGCAGUCGGCGUCAGACUCUUCGUCCUCAUCUCUGCAGCCAAGCCCUGUAUCAAGUCAGUCACUUUUAUCAGAAUCUGUAGCAUCUUCCCAAGUGGACAGUACAUCUGUGGACAAAGCAGUACCUGAAACAGAAGAUCUGCAAGGUGUACCCAGAGCGGGAGGCCUUGGUCCCCCUGACUGUGGCCCUCCAUCUUCGGUAUCAGAUACGGCACAGCUACCGUCUGAAGAGCAGAGCAAGUCUGCUGAGAAACCAAAACAAAAGAAGAACCGCUGUUUCAUGUGCAGGAAGAAGCUGGGGCUGACUGGGUUUGAAUGCCGGUGUGGAAAUGUUUACUGUGGUGUACACCGUUACUCAGAUGUACACAAUUGCUCUUACAAUUACAAAGCUGAUGCUGCUGAGAAAAUCAGAAAAGAAAAUCCAGUCGUUGUUGGUGAAAAGAUCCAGAAGAUUUGAACUCCUGCUGGAAUACAAAAUCCUUUGACCAUCUGCAAACUAAAAAUUGACUUGAGGUUUUUUUUCCUAGUCACUGGGAAGGUAGAGCAAUGUAUCUUGCAUAGACCUUUGAAUCAUGCAUGUCAUCAGAAGAAUAGAUUUUUGUUUUUGUUUUGAAAAUGACUCUGAACAUUUAUUUCCAUUGCAGUUUCUGUGGCUGAAAAGACUUAAACUUUACAAGUAUUAUCCUUUUAAGAUCAUUUUAAUUUUAGUUGAGUGCAGAGGGCUUUUAUAACAAACGUGGAGAAAUUUUGGAGGGCUGUGAUUUUUCCAGUAUUAAACACGCAUGCGUUCCUCUUGCAGUUUAUUUCCUCGUUGUGUAUGUAUAUAUAGCUUUUCUCUGCAGCACGAUUUCCCUUUCGAUGAUGCCCUCUAGGGCACGGCUAGUUAUCAGUAACUGAAUGUAUCUUGAUCAUUAUGGCUGCUUCUGUUCUCUCAUUAACAAAGGUUAUACAUGUGUUAGCUGAUAGUUUCUUUGCACCCACUAUUUAUGUCUGAAUCAUUUGUCACAGGAGACGAGUAUGUAUGAUGAGAUUCUUAGUUUGUGUGUUUAAAAAAAUUUUUUUUGAGCGAGGGAAGAAAAAGCUGUGUGCAUUUCAUUGCUGGCUGCAGAUUUCUUUCAGAUUACGCUCACUGGUCUGUGUGUAUACAAUAUGAAGAAUGAUCUGAAGUAAUUGUGCUGUAUUUAUGUUUAUCCACAGUCUUUGAUUAAAUAAAAAGGAAAACCAGAA